CCCCUCUAUCACAGCGCCCCCCUUCACUACAAACGUCCACCUCUGACUUGUGAUUACAGAUUUGAUGUCCUUCUUCCUUGUGUCGGGCGGGACAGGGACGGACACAGCUACCACUCCAUCCUCUUCUUCUUUCCACCUGUACCUGCCACAUUGAACCCAAUCCUCGGAGUCCCGCACCGGUUCUCGCAGCUUUCUGUCCCUCCAGUCGCCAUACAUUUCCUGUACCUGAGCUUCGGACAGCUCUCCCCCUCCUUUAUCUCCGCGGAGUCUUUCCAGACCCCUCUUGAAUUCUUCCACAGUCAGCGAAGGUGCCUUGCCCCCCCUCUGAGCUAUGACGUCUUCCUCGGAGAGAUCCGUGGCGUGAAGAAAUUGCUCCAACGAGGUCAUAUCCAGUCUCUGUCAGUGCCUUGCGAGCCACAACCUUGGAUUUGCCAGUUUGCUGGCACACUGUCUCCAUCAUCUGUUCCAUGGCAGCUUUACGUCUCUCCCACGGCAGAGGAACACCCAGACUCGUGGCCAGUUCUUCCAGGAGUGGCAGAUUGCUCAGUAGAGCCUCUCUCCCUCCCUCCCCGCCGUCGCUGCUACACACGUGACGCAAUACGUAGACGUCUUCUUGGGCUCCGAGUCUUCGGCAACAUUUCAGCUCGUUUCCGUUGCCGAUGGGGGCUAAUUGGAACGCGUUGUCUAGAUCCUCAGCCUUGCUCCUGGUGA